CACUCCUUGUCCCGAACUUGCAUCUUUGUUCUACAUCCAGGUUCGCGCUCUCAAAAGGCAUAUUCAACUCUUUUUUGCAGCCGUUGUUCCCCUCUGGGCUUAAAAUUUCAUUGUUCUCUUGAGAGACCCUGGAAGUCUGAAAACGGAAUAUAAAGAAACCGUUGGCGACCUACAAAACUUCCAUCUUCAACACGUCUGCAAUGGUCCGCAUUUCAACGCUCUCGAACCAACUUUGGAUGUCUGCCAGGUCGCAUUCCGCCAAAUCGCCACUCGUUCAAGUUCAGCCAUCCAACGAGAACAUUCCACCUCCACAGUUGACGGAGACACAUUCUUUAUCGUCUCUCUUCACUUCACCACCAUCACGCUCGCGAAAGGGUUCCACAUCGUCCGUGGCGACUAUCAAGUGUUACGGAGAAAUCUCUACAGAAAAGAAGAAGCGUCCGAGGGAGAGCACGGAUGGAGGUCGUCGGACGAGGCAGCGAACUGCCUCGACCGCCUCUACCGACACUGUCAUUGAUGGUCCCGGGCCGUCCUGUGUUCCUUUCCCUUCAUCACCGCCGGCGCCAGAGAAUGUUACGAAAUCACAACAUUCAACAAGAUCAUCAUCUCCGAGGCGCCACUUAUCAGCGCCGAAGCCUCUCUUAAUCCCGACUCGAGCUGCGCCCUCGGUCCCAAUCGUCACCAAAGUAGCUUCUGUUCACAACCCCAAACCCCCUAUGAACGAAGCCGCUCGAUUUGAACCAUUCCCCGAAUUACUAUCCUCCUCCCCUCAAAAUCGCAGUUGGUUGGACCACCUUGAUUCCUCUUCUAUAUCAGACGCCGACUACGACCUUUCUAUAUCGUUCUACAAACGCCAACCUCACUUUGAUGUAUGGGAUUUGGAUGACGACGUCUGCAUUGGGAUUCCCGCACGCAUCCACAUGCUCGAUGAACCGGAUGUACGGUUCCUGGACAUCACCUGUCAGUCCUACGAACAUCCGUUUCCCCACCCCUAUCACCUCCAAGCAGAGCCUGAAUAUACUGUUUCAUUCAGAGGCUAUCAUCGAACAUGGACCAACGGGCCAGAGACCGAGCUGAAUUUGACGAAAGGGAUUGUCGUAUGUCCGAGAUGGUUUAACGACAUCACUUGCCGAUCCGUGGAGAGGAUUGUUACGUCUCGCCGCGGCGUGUUGCCACCUGAUUCUGAUUGUUCUCCUGCACCGCAGGUGGAUGGGAAUCAGGAUGUGAAAAGGAGGUAUAUCAAAAUUUUGAUACCUAUACCGAUGAAGUUGAUUCGGAAGGGAAAUGCGAGAGUUUUUAGGGUUGAGGUCAAGGCUGGGAGGGUUCCGGUUGAGGGGUAUGGGUUGGAAGAGGUUGGAGGUGCUGAAGCGGAGGUGGUUGUGUCGCAUUUGGGGAGUGAGUUUGAGAUGGGGAUGAGAGGGAAGGCUGUGUAGAGCUCUCUUGUUCGGGAUCUGGCUUUUCUUCGUGCUCGCUGUCGUUGUCUUGUACUAAGUUUUUGCUUUUCUUUCUUUCUUUCCUUCUUUCUUAUAUGUUUGCUCUUGCCGUCGAAUGUAGCGUUAUAACCCACUACUUCUCCCUCGCUCCUUAUCAUUAUCAUCCACUAUUCAUCAUAGCUCUCAUGCACCCCUUGUAUACAGUUGCACGUUCCUUUGAUAUUCUCGUCGUAAGUACACAAUAAUAAGUAACAGUAGUUAUCGUUCUAGUUAAUAUCCAUAAUUAUGAUACAUGCAUGGUAGAAUAGAAUUGAAAUGCUCUACCCUC